UAGGCCUGCACGAACCCACUAGCGGCACGGCAGUUAAUAAGUAGCUCCCGUUCCCCAAGUUUAAGCCUUUUCUAUCUCCCUCGUGCAUAGCCAAGCACGUAGAGAAACGUCCCCGAGAACCGGAACCAUGGCAAGCAUCAAUCCCCUCAACGUGUACAGAGGUCCAGACUCUGUUCGCAAUUAUUUUGACCCGGAUUCGUCGCCUCCGCUGCCGCUCGUCGAGAUACCCGACUGUCUUAAUCCCUAUCGGAAAGAUGGCGUGCGCAUAUAUGCCAAGAUGAUGUCGAUGCAUCCAGCCAAUAACGUCAAGGCCGUUCCAGCUAUGAACCUCCUCGAGAAGAGCGUGGAUCCAGACAAGACAAAGACCAUAAUUGAGUACAGCUCGGGUUCGACGGUGAUAUCCAUGUCGAUGGUAUCCCGGGUGUUUUAUAACCUGCCCGAUGUCCGAGCAUACCUAAGCAACAAGACGAGCACGGCCAAACUGCGGUUGAUGCAGUUCUUCGGACUAGACAUUACACUGUUUGGUGGGCCGUCUCAGGCAGAGCCACUCGACGACCGCGGGGGCAUCAGGGCCGCAGAGAGGCUGGCCCAAACCUCUGAGUCUAUGGUCAACCCAAAUCAGUACGAGAACCACGACAACUGGAAAGCUCACAUCAGAUGGACUGGCCCCCAGAUCUUUCGGCAGUUGCCUGAGAUUAGCUUGAUCUGUGCUGGCAUGGGAACUUCGGGAACUAUGACUGGCCUAGGCAUAUACUUCAAGGACGUCAAGCCCUCUGUGUUCCGUCUCGGGGUGUGCACGAAAGCAGGUGACCGGGUGCCGGGGCCACGGUCAUAUGCGCUGCUCGCACCUGUCGAAUUCCCUUGGAAGUCGUCUGUGGAUCAUCUCGAACACGUCAGUGCUCUCGAUUCUUACUCGAUGUCGCUCGACCUCUGUCGGCAAGGAAUCAUUUGUGGGCCAUCGUCCGGAUUCAACCUGAGAGGGAUUUUCCAGUACAUUGAGAAACGGAAAGAUGAUGGUACUCUUUCCGAGCUGGCCGGGCCGGAUGGAGACAUCCACUGUGUCUUCCUCUGCUGCGAUCUCCCGUACCAGUACAUCAACGAGUAUUUCGACAAGCUUGGGGAGUCGUACUUCCCCGUGAUCAAGAACGAGCGACUUACAAAAGUCGAUCUCUACAGUUACGACAAGAAGUGGGAAAGAAAAGCGUCAGAAGCACUGCACGAAUUUUUCCAAGUUGACAAGGUGUUGGCCAAUGAUCUUCUGUCCACCCCGACGCCAGGCCACGGGGAUAUCAUAGGGUUGGAGGGUUCGAUUACUCCCAGGCCAGAUGCUACAAUUAUCGAUCUUCGACAGGCAUCGGACUUUGAGCAGUUUCACUUCUCUAGCUCUGUCAACUUGCCAUUCGUUCACCCGAGCACUCCGAGACCAUUCUCGGACGCCGCAGUCCUCGAGUCGCUGUGGAAGAGACUGGACGCGACAUUCGGGCAGCCAACCCAAGAGCUUCGGGAAAUCCUCCACGGAAAGCGUGUUCUAAUACUCUGCUAUGACGGCGACAGCUCCCGUGUGGCAGUCAGUGUAGUGCGGGCGAAAGGGUACGUGGCUGAUAGCAUACGAGGUGGGUUUGAAGUACUUGGGAACUUACAAAGGGCCAUAUCGAUAGCUCAGGAGGUCCAUCCAAUGAAGGAUUUGUAUUCGGAUCUCACUAACAGACAGAGGGAAUUAAGCUGUCUCAACGAAGUCUAGUUACAAACACCACCUGACCGGUUUUUGUCUGCAGUUACAUAUUUUUUUUAGAUAUGUUGCCUGAAAUUAGACGUUUUGGAUGGGAUUUGUCUUAGCUUGGCGUGGGUCACAGCGGCAAUGACGAAGACGACGACAACAACGACGACAAUGAGCCAAAUCUAUCUUAAUACGAAGAACGUCGUCAACGGAGACAAGAUACCACAAUGCCUUACGCCCUGCACAUCGCCCAGCUCGAUA